AGCAGGCGGAGCGGCAGCAGCAAGAGCACGAGCUGUAGCACGAGCGGAGAGAACACACACUCACACACACAGAAAGAGAAAGCACGUAGCGGAUCACGCUGUCGCUUCAUGCCGCCUACACUGCAGCUGCUGGAAAAAGCCCUAUAAGCAUCAACACAGCGAACGGAUGAGAAUUUACAGAAAUCGCACCAUGUGCAAAAAGGGAUGCGCGGUGCUGACGCUCGUCGCUGCUUUGCAGGUGGUUUUGCAGGCUGAGGGGGCCAUGCCAUGCCAGCCAGCCUUCACCCAGCAAGAGUACAGCAUCAUGGUCAAUGACAUCAUUACUGAAGGACAGGCCCUGCUUAAAGUAAGCUUCACAGACUGUGGCCGAAGUUCCAGUCUGCACUUUGAAAGCAGUUAUCCGGAGGAUUUUCGGAUAGGAAAAGACGGCACGGUGUACGCCUCAAGAACUCUUCGCGUUUCCGAAAAGAAGGGAUGGAGCCUAGAGAUUAGUGCAAAAGAUAAGGAGACACAGGAGGUGUGGCUAACUCAAGUCACCUUUACAUUACCGGACACACCUAAACAGAUGCCUGAGAUCGUGUUUCCAUGGCGCAGCAUUGUUGUUGGGGGUGACGGGAGCGUGAGUCGCGUGAAGAGAGACUGGGUCAUUCCUCCCAUUAAUGUCCCUGAAAACUCCCGAGGACAGUUCCCAGAGGAGCUUGUCAAAAUCCGCUCAGACAGAGACAAGAUUAACACACUGCGCUACAGUGUGACAGGACCAGGAGCCGAUCAGACUCCUACCGGCCUCUUCAUUAUCGACCCCAUCACAGGGCAGCUGUCUGUCACUAAGCCUCUGGACCGAGAACAGAUCUCCAACUUCCAUCUGCGUGCCCAUGCUGUGGACAUUAACGGCAAUCAGAUGGAGAAUCCCAUUGAUAUUGUCAUCAAUGUUAUCGACAUGAACGACAACAGACCAGAGUUUUCCCAUCAGAUCUGGAAUGGCACUGUGGACGAGGGCGCAAAGCCAGGCACGUUUGUGAUGACUGUCACAUCUCAAGAUAAGGAUGACCCCAACACGGCCAAUGGCAUGCUGAGAUACAAGAUCCUCUCUCAGAGUCCUGAGACUCCCUCCACCAACAUGUUCACCAUCAAUAACAAGACAGGAAAAAUCAUCACUGUAGCUGCAGGACUGGAUAGAGAGAAAGUGUCUCAGUACACUCUGAUCAUCCAGGCCACUGAUAUGGAAGGAAAUCCGACAUAUGGCCUGUCCAACACCGCAACUGCUGUGAUCCGCCUGCUUGACGUCAAUGACAACGCACCAGAGUUCACCAGAGACACAUUCUACGGAGACGUGCCUGAGAACCGUGUGAAUGUGAUCGUGUCCAAUCUGACAGUGACAGAUAAAGACAAGCCAGGCACGCCAGCCUGGAACGCGGUGUACCGCAUCACAUCCGGAGAUCCGACAGGACGUUUCUCAAUUCCCACCGACCCCACCACCAACGAGGGCCUGGUCACGGUGGUUAAGCCCGUAGACUAUGAGAUGAACCGUUCCUAUUUGUUAACUGUGGUAGCCGAGAAUGAAGUGCCGCUGGCGGGAGGGAUCCACCGCACUCGUCAAUCGACAGCCACCAUUUCCAUACGCAUCAUCGAUGUAAAUGAGAGUCCCAACUUUGAGCCCACCAAGCAGAUCAAACUGGACGAGGGACUUCCUGCGGGGUCGAUGCUCACCACGUUUAUAGCUCACGAUCCUGACAGACACAUGCAGCAGAGUAUCAGGUACUCGAAACUGUUUGACCCAGCUAACUGGCUGGAAAUCGACCCUAAUAACGGCCGAAUCUCCACCAUCGCCCUACUUGAUCGUGAAUCCCCGUACGUCAGGAACAACCUCUACAACGCUACCUUUAUGGCCUCUGAUAAUGGUAUCCCUCCUGCCAGCGGAACAGGCACGCUGCAGAUCUACCUGUUGGAUAUCAACGAUAACGCGCCACGUGUCUUUCCCCAAGAAACCGAGAUGUGUGAAAGACCAGAGCCCAACGGCAUCAACAUAACAGCUGUGGACGGGGACCUGAACCCCAACGCUGGACCAUUUGCUUUCGAGCUUGCCCACCGACCUGCUGACAUCCGCCGCAACUGGACACUCACCCGCCUCAAUGGCGACUAUGUCCAGUUGAGCCUGAGAAUCGGGUACCUCAAGAGCGGAAUCUAUGAGAUCCCUAUUAUCAUCACCGACUCUGGAAACCUACCGAUGGCCAACACCUCACACCUGCGUGUGAAGGUGUGCCAGUGCGAUCACCACGGAGACUGUGUGGACAUGGAGCGCAUCAUGGCUGCCGGUUUGGGUACCGGAGCCAUCAUUGCCAUUCUCAUCUGUAUCAUCAUCCUGCUGGUGCUGGUGCUGAUGUUCGUAAUGUGGAUGAAAAGGAGAGAUAAGGAGAGACAGGCGAAGCAGUUGCUGAUUGACCCUGAGGACGACGUGCGAGACAACAUCCUCAAAUACGACGAGGAAGGCGGCGGGGAGGAGGACCAGGAUUAUGAUCUGAGUCAGCUGCAGCAGCCAGACACUCUGGAGCACGACCUGGUGAAGCCAGUUGGAAUCCGUCGGUUGGACGAGCGCCCGCUGCACCCGGAGCCCAGCUACCCACUGCGCUCUGCUGCCCCGCACCCCGGAGACAUUGGAGACUUUAUCCACGAGGGUCUAAAGGCGGCCGAUACAGACCCCACGGCUCCUCCGUACGACUCUUUGCUGGUGUUUGAUUAUGAGGGUAGCGGCUCCACUGCCGGCUCACUCAGCUCACUGCAUUCAUCCAGCUCCGGAGGCGAGCAGGACUACGACUACCUCAAUGAAUGGGGACCACGGUUUCGCAAACUCGCCGACAUGUACGGCGGAAACGACGACUAAAGCAAGCAGGUGUUACCAGAAAAAUAUUUCAAUCGAAAAAAAGUGGCACUUUUUUAACAUGGGACACGGGACAGUGUGUAAAAUCGGAACGAAGAAUAUUUCCCCCCACGAAGAAAAGAGACAGAGGGGAAGGAAGAUCACCAUGGCAACACUACUGGCUCUUUCCAGGCUUUGUGCUGAAGCCAAAGAGCGCAAGGUGAUGGGAUCUGGACUCCAUCUAUGGAUCAGGCCAGUUUGUUGCCUGAGUUUUGCAGGAUCACCGGUACAAAAAAAAAAAAAAAAAAGUAAAAGAUUUUUUUUGAAAACGAACAAGGCUGAAGGACAUUGAAUCGAACGCUCAGUUACACUUGAAUUUCACAGUACAGAAGCACUGGGAUAUUACGUGCCUUUUUGUACAUUUUUUUGAUUGAUUGGUUUCCAUUCAUUUGGCUUUAUUGGCUCUGAGUUUUGCAGUAGUUCUGUUGUGAGCCUGUUUAUAGAGUAUGGUUAUGCUUCGACACGCUUCUGUUUGUACAUCACAGCAUAGCGCUGUUAGACACCAUCACACCUCACCCCGGAGAAGUAAACGAGACUGAGAGAACAGCAUUGUACAGUACGCUAGAAAUUAGAUUUCAAGUUGUCAUCAUUUCUUUCUUUUUUUACUAUUUUUCAUUUUUUUCUUUUGCUCCAAAGUUUAACUUAUGCAGCCGGUGUAAAAGGGGAAACCCUCAUCAUCGUUUGGUAGCGGAAACUUCAUUGUUAGGAUAAAUUCCUCUUUUUAUUUAUUUUUUAUUUUAUUUUUAUUGUGACGUUUCACAAAUAAAACUUGUUUUCAUUCGACUCCA